AUGGCUUCGUACGCUGAGGACGUCGACGCCAUCGCUGCGUACGAGGACGAGGACGACUACAUCAUGGUAUUCACGAGCGUGCCAUCGUCGACGUCACCCCACGCUGCCACGAGCUCCUCGUCGACGUCGUCACCGGGCGUUCAUGCGGAGGAAGAACAGAUGCCACCGCCGUCAGCGAGCUCAUCGUCGUCUUCGCCGCUGAACGUUCAUGCGGAGGAGGAAGAACAGAUACCGCCGCCGUCAGCGAUCUCUUCGUUGCCGAACGUUCAUGCGGAGGAGGAAGAACAGAUGCCGGCGCCAUCAUCGCCGGCGCCGCAGCAGGACGCCGGGGAGGAUGACGACGAGGUCACCGACGAGGACGAGGAUGACUACUUGUACCAGGCGCACUACGACCGCGCCGACCGUGGAAGAUCACGGCACAUGAAGCGCAGCAGCGGCAGGAUGGGGAGGACCAAGAAGGCGUCGACGAUCGGGCGGCCGCGCGGCGGGCACCUCUCGCAUAUCGCCGGAGCUCUCUGCACGCAGUGA